AUGACCGGCCUUACGGUUGGACACUGUAGCAGAGGAAUGAAUAUGAAUGCUACACUUCUGCUCAUGCUGUUGGCUUGCGUGUUCGCGAUACAAGCGGCGCCGUUAGGAGGCCGGCGCGGAAUGACGGGGAAGCUGCAGCAAGAGCAGGAGUACAUCGAAAUGCCGCAAGACGACGACAACUCGGGGCGCGCCAACGAGCUGCCUUCCUUCGAGCGGUCCAUGGAGCUAUAUCGCGCCUGGGAGCGGGUCUACGGCCUCGCGGACCCUGCGCAGCCGCCUGCGCGCAUCGCCCUGCCGCCCAACGUGCCGCGCGCGCCGCACCUCGAGGACUGCUCGGCGCGCAGCGCGUUCCGCCGGCAGACAGAGGCGCGCGGAGCGCAUGGGGAGGCGCCAGCAUGGACCAGCGCGCCGAGAGGGUGCCGCUACCCGCAACCGCCUUGGGUGCGCGGAUCGGACGCCGCCAAUCUUGCCGCCACGCGCCAGGCGCAGGCCGACAUCUGGCUGCACCAGUUCCCUGCGCCCCCGCCUUCCGCAUCAGCGCAAGCCGCCAGGGGGGAGUGCGGCGGGCGGCGCCUGCUGGUGGUGCCGUGGCCGAACCGCAGAAAUGGCAUCGGGUCGCAGAUUCACAUCAUGAGCGCGUGGCUGAACCACGCCCUGUCGCACGAUCGCAUUCUCGUCCCCACGCCCGGGUCAUUCGAGCGCGCCAACCAUUCCCACUGCACUGGCGCUGAUCAAGGUUCCUUCUCCUGCUACUUCUUCCCCCUCGUCGCCCCCUCGUGCGACGAAGCCGCACUCGAAGCAAUAGCAGCCGUCGCAGCAGCAGGGCCAGCAGGGAAGGGCGGGGUGCGGGAGGUGGUGACGCGGGGAGGGGUGAGCGUGCUGGCUACAAGUCCCACGGGCAUGGGCGCAGAGGAGAUGGCGGCGGUGCUGGCGUCCGACGCGCGCGUUUUGCUCUUCACUGAGUCUACUUUUCCCCCGCACUCCACCGCGCUUGCUGCUAGGCGGUGGGGCACAGCAUAUCUGGAGAGCAGGGGGGACACGGAGGUGAUGGGGCGGGUGCGCGUGGAGAACCCUCCGUACCUGCAGGUGCACUGGUGGCGCGCGCAAUCCUUCCGCUUCAUGCUCCGCUGGCCCUCCGCCUACCUCUGCCACCUCACCAACCGCGCCCGCCACGAGGCCUACGGCCUGCCUGUCGCCACCCGCCUCGUCUCCUCCCUCUUGCAGCAGCAAAACAUCAUCGCCUCCCUCUCCUCUCCCUCCUCCUCCUCGCCUUCUCCCUCCCUCCAAGACUCGGCCAACCCAGACAAUCUCAAGAUCAACGCAUCGUCUGAAGCAGCUGUGCUAGCAGCUCUCUCCUUCACCCCGCAAACCUCCCUUGAAACCAGAGCCUGGCCGGCUCUAGGCUUCGACGGCUGCUCCUCCGAAACGCACGUCUCUCCGGAAACCGCCCGUCAACUCGACCUCACUCCCUCCUCCUCCUCAUCAUCCUCCUCCUCUCUCCCGCUCACUUACACGCCGCAAGGCAUUGUGGAUUCGGUGUACGAGGGGGUGGGCGGCGAGGUUUACAUGCCACGGCCGGUGGUGAGCGUGCAUGUGCGGCAGGGCGACAAGGCAAUAGAAAUGGAGCUCUCCUCCUUCGCCUCCUACAUGUUCCUCGCGCACCGCCUCCGCUCCCACACGCCCGACCUGCAGUACGCGUGGCUCAGCACAGAAAUGGAGUCAGUUGUUCAGCAGUCUCGAGCAUACAAGGACUGGACCUUCUUCUACACUCGCAACAAGAGGCAGACAGGAGCAACAGCCAUGGUGGCUUAUGAGCAGGACGCGGGUGUAGAGCUGCUGGUGGGGGUGAGCUUUGCCAACCUCAUUAUAGCGUCGGAGUGCGAUUAUUUCAUUGGUCCCCUCAAGUCCAACUGGAACCGGCUAAUCAAUGGCCUGAGAAUGACGAAUGGACGCAUGAAUAGGGGAUAUGCAGCUCUCAAUUUCGGAGGGUGGUAG